CGCGCGCUCCCCCGACCCCGGCCCCAGCUGAGCGGGCCCCCGCCGGGCCCAUGGGCGGCGCGGCAGAGUGGGCGCGCUGAGCGCGGCUCAGGUCCCCUGUGCGUCCGGGAGGCGAGCGUGAGCGAGGUCUGGUGCCAUGCCCAGUCGCUUGGAACCCUAGGCCACACCCUGGCCUUCGAAGCAGCCCCCGCUCGCUCUGGGGGUCUCCCCUCCACACUGCCCACUGCCACGCCAUGGCCGGGGACCGGCUCCCUCGGAAGGUGAUGGACGCCAGGAAACUGGCCAGCCUGCUGCGGGGCGGGCCCGGGGGGCCGCUGGUCAUCGACAGCCGCUCCUUUGUGGAGUACAACAGCGGGCACGUGCUCAGCUCUGUCAACAUCUGCUGCUCCAAGCUGGUGAAGCGGCGGCUGCAGCAGGGCAAGGUGACCAUCGCCGAGCUGAUCCAGCCCGCCGUGCGCGGCCAGGUGGAGGCCGCAGAGCCGCAGGACGUGGUGGUCUAUGACCAGAGCACCCGGGACGCCAGCGUGCUGGCCGCAGACAGCUUCCUCUCCAUCCUGCUCAGCAAGCUGGACGGCUGCUUUGACAGUGUGGCCAUCCUCACGGGGGGCUUUGCCACCUUCUCCUCCUGCUUCCCUGGCCUCUGUGAGGGCAAGCCUACUGCCCUGCUGCCCAUGAGCAUCUCCCAGCCCUGUCUGCCCGUGCCAAGCGUGGGCCUGACCCGCAUCCUGCCCCAUCUGUACCUGGGCUCUCAGAAGGACGUCCUGAACAAGGAUCUGAUGACCCAGAACGGGAUCAGCUAUGUCCUCAACGCCAGCAGCUCCUGCCCCAAGCCCGACUUCAUCUGUGAGAGCCGCUUCCUGCGCAUCCCCAUUAAUGACAACUACUGUGACAAGCUGCUGCCCUGGCUGGACAAGUCCAUCGAGUUCAUCGAUAAAGCCAAGCUGUCCAGCUGCCAAGUCAUCGUCCACUGUUUGGCCGGCAUCUCCCGCUCUGCCACCAUUGCCAUCGCGUAUAUCAUGAAGACCAUGGGCAUGUCCUCAGACGACGCCUACAGGUUCGUGAAGGACCGGCGCCCGUCCAUCUCGCCCAACUUCAACUUCCUGGGCCAGCUGCUGGAGUAUGAGCGCAGCCUGAAACUGCUGGCCGCCCUGCAGGGCGACGGGGCUUCCCACCCGGGGACCCCGGAGCCCCUCCCAGGCCCUGCGGCCCCACUGCCACCGCUGCCACCACCUACCUCAGAGAGCGCUGCCACCGGGAGCGCAGCGGCUGCUGCAGCCAGGGAGGGCGCCCAGACGGCAGGGGGCGAGGCCCUGGCCCCAGCCCCUGCCACCAGCGCGCUGCAGCAGGGCCUGCGGGGCCUGCACCUCUCCUCCGACCGCCUGCAGGACACCAACCGCCUCAAGCGCUCCUUCUCGCUGGACAUCAAGUCGGCCUACGCCCCCAGCCGGCGGCCCGACCACCCCGGGCCCCCGGACCCCGGCGAGGCCCCCAAGCUCUGCAAGCUGGACAGUCCUUCGGGGGGUGCGCUGGGCCUGCCCUCGCCCAGCCCCGACAGCCCGGACUCGGCGCCGGAGACGCGCCCGAGGCUCCGCAGGCGGCCCAGGCCUCCAGCCGGCUCCCCCGCGCGCUCCCCCGCCCACGGCCUCCUGAACUUCGGCGACGCCCCCCGGCAGACUCCGCGGCACGGCCUCUCGGCCCUGUCGGCGCCCGGGCUGCCUGGCCCCGGCCAGCCGGCCGGCCCUGGGGGCUGGGCGCCACCGCUCGACUCCCCGGGCACGCCGUCGCCCGACGGGCCCUGGUGCUUCAGCCCCGAGGGCGCGCAGGGCGCGGGCGGCGCGCGAUUCGCACCCUUCGGCCGGGCUGGCGGGCAGGGCGCGGGCGGUGGCGACCUGCGGCGGCGGGAGGCGGCGAGGCCCGAGGCCCGGGACGCGAGGACCGGCUGGCCGGACGAGCCGGCCCCGGAGACGCAGUUCAAGCGCCGGAGCUGCCAGAUGGAGUUCGAGGAGGGCAUGGUGGAGGGGCGCGCGCGCGGCGAGGAGCUGGCCACCCUGGGCAAGCAGGCCAGCUUCUCCGGCAGCGUGGAGGUCAUCGAGGUGUCCUGACCGCGGCCGGGCGCGGCCUUUCCGCGGGGACCCAGCGCCCCGAGCGCCGUUGCCGCCGUCCGCUCCCUCGGCUGGGCCGCCAGCAGCCGGCCCGCUAUAAAUAUAUAGUAUAUGUAUGGCAAAGAAAGGUAAAUGGUUUUACUGCGAUUUUUAUCGAGAAGUAAAUAUUUCAAUUUUUUUAUUUAUUUGAGCUGUUCAUUCUGGCAAUGAUUUGGCAACACUGCGGGCGGCCCUCGGAGCUCUAUUUUUACUGUCUGGUAUUUAAAUUGAAACCCACGUUUCUAAGCAAUAUGAGGCCACCUUCAGUUGCAGGCUGGGGUGCCAGGCCUGGGGUCCCCUCCACCCGCUCCCCCAGGAAACACUGCUGAUCGAUGCAAAGAGGCUGCUGAGCUUUUGUGCACUUUUUACAUAAGAAAAAGGGGGAAAAAAGGAUAAAAAAAAAACUUUGCCACAAACUGAGCCGCAGAACCUCCCUGCCCAACCCGUCCUCCCCAACCUCUUCCAGCUCCCCUGCUUCUUCCGGGCUCUGCACCAAAGCCAUAGGUGGGAGGCAGUGUCUCAAGGAGCCGGGGUGUGGCGGAGGGGGCACUUCUAGCAGCCUGUCAGCUCCAGGAGCCAAGGCUUGGUGCCACUGAGGGCACCUCCACUGCCCAUCCCCCCAGGCCUGUGGCCUGGCGGGUGUUGAGGGCUUGGGCCUGAGGAGACCGGGGUGUUGAGACGGCUGGGGUGUGGAACAGGGCCGGAGUGCAGUGAAGGGGGCCCCCGGAGUGUCUGAUGAUUUGGGUCCCCAGGGCGGGCUGGAGAUGGAAUGUCUCCACUCCUGCCUGAGCCUGGGUCUAGUUUCACCGGUUCAGAGGAGGCUGCUCCCCUCUCCUCCGCUUCAUGGGUGCCCCCUAGCGCCAGCUGCCAGGUGGGGAACAGCAGGAGGGGGGCUUGGCCCCUGCAGGUGUCAGGCGAGAGGAGCUGGGCCAGCUAGUGCCCACGCCACUGAGCAGAGGGCAGAGGGACUUAGAGGCUUGGUGUGGGCUCUUGUCCCACCCCCCCAGGCCCCCCCAGCCCCAGGCCCCAGGCCAGACCUAGAGUUCAGGAAGGUCCUGCGGGUUGAGGUACCUCCACGAGUGACUGCUUUGCGGAGGAAGCGGGCAGUUAAAUGCCUGUCAAACCCUUUCACUCCUAGAGGGUGAGGCCCUUAGUUUUGGGAGAGCCAUCUCCAGGCAGAUAAAGGUCCCUGAUGUAAGCAGAUGAAGGGGGCCUAUGUCUGCCCCAAGCCCCACAAGGACCUCGGAGGAGAGAGCCCCCCCCCGUACACCCCUUUCCCGGGGAGCUCUCCUCUCUGAAGUCUCCCUGGUAUCUUUGAGGUGACGUGCCAGUCCCCACCCGCAGGUGGCUUUUUGGCCCAGGCGGGCCAGCCUGGGGGUGAGGGCAGAAAAGCCCCAGCCGCCCCCACCCUCUUGGGUCGGUGGGACCCAAGGCUUUGGGAGGCAGGAAUUAACGUCCUCCAACCUGAUGUCCUAGAGAGUCUAGGGGUAGGGGCUGGUCACCUUGGGACUAGGUC